GCCUCCGAGCGCUCGGAGGAGAGGAGAAGCGCAGACCAGGCAGCAGCGUCCUCCCGUCUGUGCGCGCCGCCCUCCUGCUCCCUCGCUCGCCAUGGGGCCAACUCGCAACUCCUAGGGCUCAGCCUCAGGCCACGCGAAAUCAGAGAAGCAGCAAGCAGAAGCCAAGAUGAGUUUCCGCAAGGAGGAUGGCGUGAGCAGCCUGUGCCAGAAGGCACUGCACAUCAUCACCGAGCUGUGCUUCGCGGGCCAGGUGGAGUGGGACAAGUGCUCGGGCAUCUUUCCCGCCGAUAGGGCGAGCCAGGGAGGAGGUGGCACAGAUAUCUCAGUCAGCCUGUUGGCAGUUGUCGUGAGCUUCUGUGGCCUAGCCUUGUUGGUUGUCUCCCUUUUCGUCUUCUGGAAGCUGUGCUGGCCAUGCUGGAAGAGCAAGCUUGUGGCUCCCAAUGUCAGUGCCCUUCCACAGAGCAUUUCAAGUGCUCCAACUGAAGUUUUUGAGACUGAAGAGAAAAAAGAAGUUGAAGAAAAUGAAAAGCCAGCGCCAAAAGCUAUUGAGCCUGCAAUAAAAAUCAGCCACACUUCCCCUGAUAUCCCAGCUGAAGUACAGACCGCUUUAAAGGAGCAUUUAAUUAAACAUGCUCGUGUGCAAAGACAAACCACUGAGCCUACAUCUUCAUCCCGCCACAACUCCUUCAGGAGACACCUACCAAGGCAAAUGAACGUCUCCAGUGUUGACUUUAGCAUGGGCACUGAAUCUGUUUUACAAAGAGGAGAAACAAGGACCAGCAUCGGGAGGAUCAAACCAGAGCUCUAUAAGCAGAAAUCAGUUGACUCCGAGGGCAACAGAAAAGAUGAUGUCAAAACCUGUGGGAAACUUAACUUUACGCUCCAGUAUGAUUAUGAAAAUGAACUCCUCGUUGUUAAUAUUAUCAAAGCUUUAGAUCUCCCAGCUAAAGAUUUUACAGGGACUUCUGAUCCUUAUGUGAAGAUCUAUCUUCUUCCAGACAGGAAAAAGAAAUUUCAGACGCGCGUCCACAGGAAGACAUUAAACCCUCUGUUUGAUGAGAUAUUUCAGUUCCCAGUGGCCUAUGAUCAGCUAAGCAACCGGAAACUACACUUUAGCAUAUAUGAUUUUGACAGAUUUUCCAGACACGACAUGAUUGGGGAAGUUAUUCUUGAUAAUUUAUUUGAAGUCUCUGAUCUCUCCAGGGAAGCCACAGUAUGGAAAGAUAUCCACUGUGCAACCAUGGAAAGCAUAGACCUGGGCGAAAUCAUGUUUUCCCUUUGCUAUUUGCCAACUGCUGGGCGUAUGACUUUGACCGUGAUCAAGUGCAGAAAUCUGAAGGCAAUGGACAUUACUGGGUCAUCGGAUCCUUAUGUUAAAGUGUCUUUGAUGUGCGAGGGCCGAAGGCUUAAAAAACGGAAAACAACCACAAAGAAAAAUACUCUCAAUCCUGUGUACAAUGAAGCCAUUAUCUUCGACAUCCCUCCGGAGAAUGUGGACCAGGUCAGCCUGUGCAUUGCCGUCAUGGAUUAUGAUAGGGUGGGACACAAUGAGGUCAUAGGCGUGUGUCGAACUGGACUAGAUGCUGAGGGUCUUGGACGAGACCACUGGAAUGAAAUGCUGGCCUACCACCGAAAACCGAUCACACACUGGCAUCCCUUGCUGGAGCUACCUGGUCGGGCAACCAGCUUUGACAGUCAAGGAUCCUGCUCUUCUCCAAGGCCACCGUCCACACCAUAAAACCUCCAAAUAAGACCAUGUCAGAGAAAGACUUAGAAUCACGAGCUCAUCCAAUCAGACACAUACACAAACAUAGAACAUUUGACUUCUUCAUUUAAAAUAUACCCAUGAUAAUGAAUAGUGUGAUGUAUAAUUUCUUUUUGUUUUACCUCUUGGUUUAUUUUUUGUUUUUAACUUUGAGCAUAUCAAUACAUUUUACCUGAGUAUUAAUGGUCCUUAGUUACAUAAGGUGUUUUAUAUUUCAUGUCAUCUAUUAGCACCAUGUUUUAACAUGUUUUAAUCUUUGCUUAAGCAAAGAAAUAAGGUUUUUUUGACAAGAGACUCCACAUGUGUGUAAAAUUAGUUUAUGCCUGUGUUGUAUGAAAUAGUAAAAUGUGUCAUUUCCAACUGUAUACAUGGUUCUAUGUAAACUUUGAUGAACAUACUUAAAUUAAUUCUACAGGAUCAACUCCUUCAAAUUCUAAUUAAUGUCACUUGCCUGAUAAUAGUUUUUUCUUCAUAAUCAGCAUUUUUGUCACUGAGGUUUGUCCCUCAAGCUUCCUUUUUGAGACACUCAGCUAAGCUGCAAAAUGAAAAGAAAUUUUGAAUAUAAAUGUACAAAGUGACAUUGAGUAGCUGGUAAACGAGGCUACCAGCUAACAAUGUCUUGCUGUCAACAUUAGUUCCAACACCUGCUGUACCGCUUACUUGGUAGUUUUAAAACUUCUAGUCAUCUUCACCUCAAGUGUUGCAAUGGUUUCCCUAAGUGGCUACAGUCGUAACUAUGUUCUCCCAUACAGUAGCGUGUCUGUUCUGUAACUUGGGACUGUCAUGUGGCCCUUUCGCUUUUGAUGGAUCGCACUGAACAGAAACCAAAGGUCCAGCAAAACUCUCAGUGCCAUGGUCCUUUAGAUAGACAGCUGAUGACUCCAUCCACUCAGGAGCACAUCUCUAGAGCUGGAGAGUCUCCAGGAAAGCUCACCAAAAUACAGAUGUGUGUUAUGAAUGGUACAAUUUUAACACUUAAUAAAAACAAAUAACAUGCCAAAGGACCAGACAGCCAGUCAUUUAAAUAAAAGGCAUUGAUCUUCAUAGGGAUUAAUGAUCAGACCAUUAGAGGUAAAAACUAUGCAAACGCUUUUGUUUUUACAAGAGAGAACUUUCUUUGAAAUCAGGUCAGCUUUUUAUUGUCUCAUUUGAAGACCCCAUUGGAAGGAAUCUAUAUGGAAUUGCUCUAACCUUACUUUUGAGGUGUGAGCAUUUAAAGUUUAUUCCACAACAAGGUUUUUUAAAGAGAAAAAUUUAUAUUUGGAAUUUUAAAACAAGUUCAUUAGGAUGAGAAAGUUUUAGACAAUGACUUUUUUAUAUUUGUAAAAUCCCUUGUUUCAAAUAUUAGGAAAUAUAUUUAAAAGUCUUGAAAUUUCUCUCAUAAAGGUUCAGUUAAUGUUAACAUGGAUGUAAACAUGUCUCAAAUUAAUAUUUUCAGUGUAAAUUCAAUUCUGCCUAAAACUUUUCAAAACUGCCUAUGGCAAACUAAUGAAAACACACCGCUAAACUUUUUCUCAUUAAAAGUCAAAGAAAUCUGUCUGAAAACACUCGACUGUCCUGUCAAGGCAAAACAAACAAACAAACAAAAAUAAACCCUACUCAUUACGGAGUGACUCAAGAUAACAACUAAUCUUGAUGUCUUUGUUUUACUGUAAAAUACAAGCUGUUAAAUGGAAAGAAAACCUUAGAAUCUUAGUGUGGUAACAUUUAGGGAGAUGUUUUAUCAGUAGAUAUAGCUGUGACAUUUCUUAAGUCAGUAAAGUGUGCAUUUUCACUCAAAAUGAUAUACUCCUUGCAAAACUACAGCUAAUUUCCUAAAGAGAACAAGCUAAACCUCCUGAUGAACAAAAGGAAACUGUCAGAUAACCAGAAUGUUUUAAAUAGGAAGGCAAGCAGAUGACAAAUAGAUUGGAAAAUUUUUAAACCCAAAAUUGCACGAGAAUUAAGUCAUGUGUUUCUUAUGAGAAUUACGUCAAUGCAUCUGCUAAACCUAUGAAAGAGAUCAAAGAGAAAAUUCACGACUUUCAGCUAAUAUGUGAGAGUUCUCUCUCAGUCAUACACAAAAUUCAUUAGAACAGCAGUACAUGCUGAGAAAAUACAACCCUUCUCUGUCUUACACAACACCCCCUCAUCCUACCUAUCCACACACAGAAACUUCUCUCUGCUUGUGGGGUACUGUGAGUUUCUCAGUAUUUAAAAUACGAUUCAGUGUUCUAGAUGCCCUCCACUAACUUGUGGGACGGCAUGGACUAAUGCAGGCCGAUGCGGCAUGAAGCUGUAAUUUAAGUAUACAAUAAAGUCCUGAUUUCAGGGACGCAUUCAGGGACUUACCAAUAUAUGCAUCUAGGAAGAAAGAUUCAGUGUUGCCCGAUGGGCACGGCAGCACGGUUGCUAAGUACACUGAAUAUGAAAGACAAAAGUAUGUGUCUAGUGCACAGUCUUUUCACAAAACCAGCAGCUGAUUCAUUUGGAGUUUUGAUUUGCUCCUCAUUGGGUGUCCUACAUUCAAUUUUAGUUAAAAGGUCCAAGAAUGGUUACUGGCUCUUGAAUGCAUUUUCCUCCAUGGUUGUUGUUUUCUUUCUCAGGCUAACCUGUGUUGCUGGUACUUCACAAGUAAAACUCACCAUAUUAAUACACGGUCAAUUCAGAAACUAACGUUAGGACAAAUGCCAGGGAAGUCAUGGGAGGAGGCAGAGCCAACCAUGUACCUUCAUGUAGUUUUAUGGUGUGUGCACAUGCUAGCUACCACAGGGAGCUCACAAAUGAUCAAUACUGACUCAGGGUUUAUAUUAGAGCAAAUGUAUUUGAGCUAUUUGGUUGUGAUAUUUCAUUGAUAUUCACAACUGUGUUUGUUCUCCUGUAGCAUUUAUUCUUUUCAAAGUUUCCAGACUCAAUAAAGAACUCUCAAAAUUCCAUUCCCAUGUUAACUCUACCAUCUGUAAUACAGAAUAUAAUUUAUUCCAGAAUGAGAUGUCCCAGCAGCCAGGGAUUAAUACAAUAAAGGAACAUAAACACUGAACACAAAUCAAUUUCUUUCUACCUCUUCAAAAAGACUACUUGAUAUUAUUCUUGAGCAGAAUUUGUCUGAUUUUUGUCAUAAUAGCUGUGAUAGUACCAACCAGUUUAAUUGCAAGUAGUUAGAAAACCAGGUUGGUAGGGCCUUGAGAAACCAUUCAGUCUCUUUGUUAAAUGUAAAGAAAGUGAGACCUUGUGUCGCAACUUGGUCUUACAACAAUUACAGUUUUUCCAAGCUGACCUAGUUGGUUUCAAUGCUUGUAGUAUUUAGACUAAAAGUGCACUGCUACCAACAAGCAGAUUUUUUAAAACCUGAAAAUAAGAUAAUUUAAAGAAACCACAUAGUGAAAAAGAUAUUAAAGUAAAGGAAACAAAGAUAUUUAAAUGUUGAAAGGGGAAUGCCUUUGUAUUUUAAGUCUUAGUGGGCAAUAAAUUCUCCAACAAUGUUUCAAGACUCCACGACUCAUCAUUUAAUCAAUACUCAGAGACAUGGCUCAGGGUACAAUUUAUCUGAACCUGCUGUAAGGACCUAAUAUUUUGGAGAAAAUGAGUUUAAUGUUUUACUUUGGAAAAAAAGAGCUGAUUAAAUAAAAAUGCUAUUUCUAAAACAUUAUCUCCUAGGUAUUCUAUUAGAUAAGAAUUUUCUUUCACCAAAAGAUCAAUAUGUAUCCAAUAAUCUGUCAGUUAAGAUUAAGGUAACUACUUAUCAUCUACCACUAACAAUUAAUCAAAAAGAUAUGUAUUUGAACAGCGGUAUUGCACAUUUGAUCAAAAUGCAUUUAAUUGUAUUUCAUCAAAAUGUAGUUAAAUAAUUAUUUUCCUUUCAUCAUGUCUAUCAUGUAACUAAAAGAAGUUUGAUUUGGUAGUAUAAUAGUGCUGUGCUAAAGAGAUAGAGAAAAAUCAUUCAGUGAAGGACCCAGAUAAGCCUUAAUGAUUUACUUAAUGAAAACAUUUGAAUAGUAAAAAAAGUGACUGAAAAAAGUAAGUAAAAGAUGUUUAAGAGAAAUAAUUGUAUUUUAUAUGUCUGAGAUGAUUAAAUACACUCUCCCAGGGUGAACUAUUUAUGUAAAUCCUAUUUUUAUCUCUAUUGUGACAAGAAAUACAGUUGCUCUUGAUAUAUUUAUAUGGAAGUGUUUUAAUCUCAAGCCUACAAUAAUUUUUGCUGUAGACCAUGAGACCCUUUUGCAAACAGUGAAACUAUGUCUGAUUGUAUCACAGAGGGUAAAAGUAAACCAUUGUCUUCUGAUGUUCUGUUGAGUUGCAUCUACUGUACACAGAAUGCCCUACUUACUGAACAUGGGAUUGUAUUUUAAUUAUGCAACCAAAUGGGGAUUUUGUUUCCUGAAGAUAAUUUACUAGAUAUUGGUGCAGUUUACAGAUGUGAGUCAACACAUCUGUAACAACUCACUAAGAAUAGGUGUUGAUGUUGCAAAGUUAAUGUAUGAAAUGGUGAGAUUCACUGGGUCUUUCCACAUUGCUUCCUCUGUCCUCAUCUGAGCAUUAAGACAGGAAAUUAUAGCUUUCCAUGAUUUGCUGAAAACCUUGCACACCCCCAAAUAACUUCCAUCCCCAAGAUUAUGUAAGACAACAAAAUAAUCAUUCUCUAUAAAUAUUUUUCAUUAAUAUUUGCUGUUUUCUUGUAAAGUCCUUUUAAGCUUUGCACUUAAAAGAUUGUAAUAGUAUCAGUGUGAAGAGCUGACUGCAUAAAGAGAAGCCAGUGAAACACCAGUAUGUAAAAUAUUUGCAUUUCUAGCUUGUUCCUUCAACAAAGAGUGCAACAAGUAGGUUGUCAACAUUAGCUGUUACUAACUCAACAGAGCAAUGACUGGGUUCACAUUCAAAUAUGGAGAAACCACAGAACACUAUGAAUUCAGAAUUAAGAUAAGUCAACUAGAAAAGAACUGGCCCCCAUAGUAAACGUGAUGGUUCCUCUAACUCCCUUACAAGUCAAUAGUUGCUGCGUACACUGAUAGGAAAUGCUAAUGUUUUUCUUCCUACAGAGCCUCAGGCAAUUUGAAUCCAUCAUAGUUCAUCGUUUUUUUGGAUACCUUUAAGUCAUUGUUCUUAAUGUAACUUUUCAAGUGAAGUUUGCAAUUUAAUGCUUAGCCUUUGUUUAAGUCAGUAUCUUUGACUUCUACAUUAUAGAAUAGAAAUUGAAGUCUUGAAAUUUGCGUCUCUGACUUUUGUACAUUAUGAACAGUCAUUUGUGAACCUUGACAUCUUAUCAUCAUAUUACUUAGAACAAAUGUUUCUGUAAACCCUCUGAAAGAUGUUGCACAUUGUAUUUUGGUAUUCUUACUAUGUCUUCUUUAGAGUGUGUGAACAUAUUUGUCAGGAUCAGAUGAAUUAUGUAACAAAGAAACCUCAAAGCUGUUGUGAAGGAGAGUUCAUAAUUACUUUUGUAAAAGAAAUGGAAACGCACUUGAAAUAUGAUCUUACUGUUUCAUAUGUAUUUUAAAAAGAAAUAAAGUGAUUAUAAAUAA